UGGACCUCCGCCCGUUACCUCCUGGCAGUCCUUGGCUCGUUUGGGUUCUUCACGGCGUACGGGAUGAGGGUCAAUCUGAGCGUGGCGAUGGUUGCCAUGGUGAACCACACCCAGAAGGCCGCGCUGAACGGCUCCGAGGACUGCGUGCCGAAUACCAACACCACCGGACAAGAUAAGCCUGGAGAGUUUCCCUGGAGUCCAGGUGAACAGAGCAUCAUCCUGGGGGCAUUUUUCUACGGCUACAUCUUCACACAGAUACCUGGAGGCUGGCUCGCAGGUAGAUAUGGUGGAAAGUCAGUGUUUGGGCUGGGGAUCCUGUGUACGGCUCUGUUCACGCUGGUCACACCAGUCGCUGCCAGGGCCGACAAGUACCUCUUCAUCGCCGUUAGAGUCAUUCAGGGACUCGGAGAGGGUGUUACGUUCCCAGCCAUGCAUGCCAUGUGGAAGGGCUGGGCUCCACCCAUAGAGAGGAGUAAACUCAUCACUAUCACGUACUCAGGUUCCCAUCUGGGCACAGUGUUCUCUCUGCCCAUCUCAGGUCUGCUGUGUGACCACUUUGGCUGGCCCUCUGUCUUCUACGCAUUCGGUGCCCUGGGGUGUUUGUGGUUUGUGAUCUGGAUGUUGAUGGUUCACAACUCUCCUGAGGAACACCCGCGGAUAUCAUACAUCGAGCGGGAGUACAUCCAGGGGGAGCUCAGGAGGGAGGGCACAACUACAGGGAAGAAUGCAUCUAUCCCAUGGCUGACCUUCGCGACCUCUGCACCAGUCUGGGCGAUUGUUCUGUCUCACUUCAGUAACAACUGGGGCUUCUACACACUUCUCACCGACCUGCCGACGUACAUGAAGGAGAUUCUACUGUUUGAUCUUACACAGGCAGGGUUCCUGUCUGCAGUACCAUACCUGUGUAUCUGGCUGGUCAUCAUAUCUGGUGGUCAGCUGGCCGACUUUCUCCGGGAGAACAAGAUUCUCAGCACCACAGCAGUCAGGAAGGUCUUCAACUGCUCUGGUCUGGUGUUGCCUGGCAUUUUCAUGGUUGCCACGGGUUACGUGAACUGUAGUCAGCAGGUCCUGGCCAUUGUGUUCCUGACGCUGUCUGUGGCGAUGGGAGGACUCUGUAUGUCAGGGUUUAAUGUCAAUCAUCUGGACAUCGCUCCAAGGUAUGCAGGUGUGCUGAUGGGAAUCUCCAACUCUGCCGCCACCAUUCCUGGCUUCGCUGGGCCAGCUGUGGUCGGACUGCUCACACAAAAUGCUAAAACUUGGAUAACUCGCAAGCAUCAAUGGCAGGUCGUGUUCUACAUCACAGCAGCAAUCAACGCUUUCGGCACCAUAACCUACCUCAUCAUGGGAGAUGGUACAGUCCAACCAUGGGCUAAAAACCACACCGAAGGGAAGCGGACCGUACCAUCUGACGAAGAUAGGGAGAGACUGGUUGUGAAUGAGGAAGGAAAUGUAGAUCCAAGGACUUAUGGCUAUGUAGCCCACGAUCAUAAUGCAUAGUUUAUUUUUAUUUUGGUUCUAAUAAUAAAUUGAUACUAACUAAGCAGGUCGUACACAGAUUAUUAAAUAUUAUUAUUUGCAAUAAACUUUCAAUUAUUAAAGACAUGAAUGGAUGGGGAAAAAAAUGGUGAUGCCUGAAGUAAGCUUAUGAUAAGUUCCAAACCUCAGGAUAUCAGACAAGGUGAAAUUGUGAGAAUUGAUAAAUAUAAAAAUAAAUAGAUAAAAAAAAUGAUAAGGGUUGAAUAUUUCUUUAAAAUGGGUGUUAUCACUGUAUGAGAGAAUUAUAUUACCAUGAAAAAAAAUGAAAAAAUAAAGUGUUAUGUCAGGAAAGAAUUUUAUUUGUAAACUCUUGCCAGGAGGAGAAUUAAGGUGUAAGAAUUUAUGAAUAAGCCAAAAAAGAGAAACAAAAAUUUCUGACAUCAAAUGUCAACAUACAAUUUUUUAAAAUCAUUAUUUGAUGAUCUUUUGUUGAAUUCCCAUUCCUCCUCUUUGUAUCUCAAGGCACUAAGAUUAUUUAUUUGUGUAUUUUGAGAUGACAGUUACUAUUAUAUUGAUAAUGGCCAUUCAUUCAUUUUCACUGACAAUGAAAUUUCUUGUAUGUCCAUGCCGGGGCUUUUAAAUGCAAUAUUUACCUGAAGUACAAAAAAAACAUGAAAAAAACUGAAUCCAAUUUCUUCAAAUCUAUAAAGUCUCUAUAUAUUGUUAUCAAACCUUACCAAAAUUUGAAAUGCAUUACAACUUUGAUACAUGUUUGUUAUAGCAAUAAAGUUGAGGGUGGUAAUAAAGUACUUCCA